GACAAGAGUUACGUGUGUAAGUGCUGGCGAGCUCAUGCAUCCGUCGUGUACACCAGCUCGUCUUACAGUCUACUGCCGGCAUUGUCCACCAAGAUAUUCGCCGAACGGUGGAUGUGUUUCUCCUGCCCUGCCGCCGCCAUCUCAAUCUUAGGAUUAUCCGAUACGAUAGUUUCUCUGCACAGAAGGAUCCAUCGAACAAUGGUGGAGUGACUCCGCUUGAUUUCGCUUCUGACGUCUCCAUGAAGUUAUCGAAACGGACGCGACGCGAACACUGGGAGAAACGAAGCAGCAUUGACAGACCAUACUGAUCGUCUCGAGAGCCACAUCAAAUCAAAGCCACCGUCAAUCAUCUCGAAUUCUGUCAAUUCUUACCUAGAAACCUACAGCAUAAGUCUCCAGUCCGUUUCGGGCAUUGCACGGUUAUGGGAAAUGUGCGCCGAAGGUUGUACCAAGGUUGCGCACGUGCGUAGUGCUCACCACCUACCAGUCCCAUGUACUCCACUCGUCCGUUCGACCUACACUGCAGUAGCAGAUGCGAAACGCGACCUCAUCCUUCCCAUCACUCUUGAAAACGGUUUGGCCUUUCUUCUCGCCACAGGAAUGCCUGCAGGCUCGCUUGUUUGUCAGCUAUCUACAGCGUUCGUUGCAUUUCCUUACGACCAAAUGGGACCCUAGGUUUCUCAAACAGCAUUGAUCUAUCAAAGAAAUUCCUAAGUCGAAUCGUCCACCAUGAACUCCAAAAGUUCAAGAUUGCAAAACAAAGGACCCCCAAGUUUGCAGGCUCACAAUAUAAGACUCGCGUGAGCAAAUCAAAAGCCAUCAGAUCACCCAAAUCUCAACGUGCACGCCUCCACGUCCCCUCCCAACCGAGAUCCAGGUCGCUGGCGUAACCAUUAAUCGCAUCGCCAUGGCCGGCCGACCGGCCGAUGCCAAUCCCGCCUGAAUCACAUUGACAUGCAUGGAGUGACCAAC